UAACGCCGAACAAAGAAAAAAACACAACCCCUAAUUUUUGUCUGUUGCUCUCUCAAGUCUCAACUCUUCCUCCUUCUUCAACUACUUCAAAAGCUUUGGCAAAAUCCUUUAGUCAUGGCGCACGGAGGUUAUGCCAAGAGAAGAGUUUCGGAACCUAAUCAGGCGGCGGGAAGUAGUCGGAGGUCGAAAGUAUUGCGUGUAGAGAAGAAACCUAAGACUGUCUCCAUCAAGAAUCAGAUGCGUUCCGUUGAACGCUUUCUUCGUAAAGAUUUGCCUCCUGAAGUAAGAGAGUCUUUAGUAGAGAAGUUGGAAGAUUUGAAGAAGCAGCAAGACGCUCAUACCCGUCUUGCUGUUGAACGUAAAAUAUUCCUUAGGAACAGAAAGAUUAAGUUCUUUGUUCUUCCCGAAAAAUGAGAAGUAUGUAUCUCUUUUUACUGGAGCUGAGGAUUCAGAAGUAAUUGAGAAGAGAGGUCAAAUGCGGAA